AUGAUUCCGCCACUUUUCUUUCUUUUCUUUCUUUUUCUUUCUUUCUUUUCUUUUCUGUCAUUUCUUUUCUUUAUUACUUGUUUUGUUUACUUUUCUUUCUUUUCCUUUCUUCUUUUUUUAUUUCGUUUUUCUUUCUUUUUCUUUCUGUUUCUUUUUCUUUCUUUGCUUUCUUUCUUCUUUCUUUGUUUUUCUUUCAUUUUUCUUUCUUUCUUUUUUCUUUCGUUUUUGUUACCUUUUCCUUUCUUCUUUCUUCUUUCUGUUUCGUUUUCUUUCUUUUCCUUUCUUUCUUUCUUUUUUCUUUCGUUUUUCUUUGUUUUUGAAAUUCUUCUUUCUUUUUUCUUUGUUUUUCUUUUUUCUUACGUUUUUCUUACGUUUUUCUUACGUUUUUCUUUCUUUUCUUUCUUCUUUCUUUUUCUUUCUUUUUUCUUUCCAUUUCUUUGUUUUUCAUUCUUACUUUCUUUUCGUUUUUCUUCCUUUUUUUCUUUCUUUUUCUUUCUUUUUUUACUUUUCCUUUCUCUUUCUUUUUCUUUCUGUUUCUUUUCCUUCCUUCUUUUUUCUUUUUUUCUUUCUCUUUCUUUAUUCUCUUUCUUUCUUUUCUACUUUCUUUCUUUCUCUGUUAGAAAACACAGUCAAGAAACCCUAAUGCUGACAGCCUAUAACUAUCUAUCUAUCUAUCUAUCUAUCUAUCUAUCUAUCUAUCUAUCUAUAACAGUGUUUAUCUAA